AAGCGAGGAUUUCCCAAGCAGGUUUUCGAUAAUUUCGCUCUCCUCUUUAACUCUCACUCAGUUUAGCCUGUGACAUCGUAGUGUUUAGAAGCAUAUUCGGUACUGUGUUGUUAUUGAGUCAUACUACCUACCGUCCGAGUGUCCAUUUCAUUAUUUUUAGGCUGUGUCUAAAGCUUCGUUAUUAACCGUCAUCAACUAUGGCAUCCAGAAUCAUCACUCUGGGCUUCCGUCAGAAACUGCUUACGCUCUCCGGUGCCGGGCCGGCAGCGCGCAUGAUCCACAUCUGCUCGGUACGUUCGUCCAACAUAUUGCAGGACUCACCGAAUGCUCAGCUGAACAAAACCUUGCUGGAUCGUUACCGUCGGCUGGAGUAUAACAGCAAAUUUGUUCAAGCUACUUACGUGUGGAUUGACGGAACCGGUGAAAAUGUCCGGUUGAAGGAUCGCGUACUGGAUUAUAAACCCGAGAAGCCGGAGGAUUGUCCCCAGUGGCAGUAUGAUGGCAGUUCGACCUAUCAGGCCUUGGGUGGAAAUUCCGACAUUAAACUGGUUCCACGUGCCCUUUACAGAGAUCCAUUUAAGGCAGGGGAGAAAGAUGUUAUUGUGUUGUGUGACACAUACCAGCCGGAUGGUAAGCCUACUGCGUCCAACAAACGAGCUGCCAUGCAGGACGCUUACAAUGCAACAAAAACGUUCGAGCCAUGGUUCGGAAUUGAACAGGAGUACACUUUCUUGGAUAUUGAUCACAGACCACUUGGUUGGCCGUCGGGUGGUUUUCCUGGUCCUCAAGGUCCCUAUUACUGCGCUACAGGUGCUGAAAACGUAGUUGGUCGAGAUAUUGCUGAAGCUCACGCUAUCGCUUGUCUAUAUGCCGGGAUUGACUUUGCCGGAACUAAUGCAGAAGUGAUGCCGGCUCAGUGGGAAUUCCAGAUCGGCCCAAGCCUGGGUAUGAAAUGUGCCGACGACAUCUGGGUGGCUCGGUAUAUUUUGUGGCGCAUCGCUGAGGAUUAUGGCGUGGUUGUAUCCUUCGAUCCGAAACCUAUGGAGGGUAAUUGGAAUGGGGCCGGUGGACACUGCAAUUUUUCCACCAAGGUGAUGCGGGAGGCGAACGGCAUCGAUGCUAUUCAUAAGGCUAUUGAAAAGCUGGCCAAGAAGCACGAUAAACACAUCAAGGCUUACGAUCCUCGCGGGGGAAAGGAUAAUGAACGGCGCUUGGUAGGUCGACUGGAGACUUCAUCGAUUGAUAAAUUUAGCUGGGGUGUGGCGGAUCGUAGUACCAGCGUGCGCAUCCCACGCAGUGUUGCUGAGAUGAAGAAGGGAUACUUGGAGGACCGGCGUCCCAGCUCCAACUGCGAUCCGUACAGUGUUUGCAAUGCGAUUCUCACUACUUGUUUGAUCGAGGAGUAACUUGCUUAAAUAGUAGUAGGUUUCUGCGUCAGUUUGAUGUAACGGUAUACCUCAAGUAAUUGUGUAUUUUCAUAAAUGGUAACAAAUUUAGUAUCGGAGUAUUUACUCUUUCUGUGUCGAUAAAAAUUACAACUCUGGACUGUUUAGAAAUUUAUUAACAAAACUCCACAAAAAGAGGUAACUCCACUCCCCUCAGUAGAGCAGUAUUCGAUAUUUGAAUAAAACAAGUGAUCAAAACGAGACUUGAAUCAGUGUUAUAAAUGUUUAUUGUCGUUAAAUAAAACCAAUCAAAUUCAA